AUGUUCUGUGGUGGUUAUCAUAACCUAUAAUACACGUUACGUUUCCAAAAAGAAUUUAUUAUUUCCUAAAUGAUAUUACUUUAUAAGUAUGGAAAAAAAUGAUGAUGGCGAAAAUUUGGAAAGUUCGGUUUCUGAAGAGCCAAGCACUACCAAAACACACGAAGAAACAGAGGUUGGAUUAACCCAAACCGAUAACAGCGAUGAAACUGAAGCAACAGAACCUUCCAUGGAUCAGACAACCAAUUAUGACCCAAAUAAUGUUCACUAUGAGGGCAGCACUGCAAUAUACACAGACCCCAACACUGGCACACAAUAUGAAUGGCAUUCAGACAAAAAAGAGUGGAGCCUAAGAGAAGUUGCUUAUACUUUUGAAGGUGAUACUCACGUUUACACUGAUAAAGACGGCGUAAAGUUCUUCUGGGACAAAGAAAAAAAAGCUUGGUUUCCAAAAGUGGACGACGAUUUCAUGGCACGUUACCAAAUGAGUUAUGGCUUCGUGGAAAAUAUAGAAGAACCAAAAGAAACAUCCGAAACCGAAGCAGAACCCGAAAAACCUCAAUCGAAACCAGAAAAACGCAAAGCUUCAGAACCCACAUGGUUCGACGUUAGUGAAUCUGAAAACACAAAAGUGUAUGUGAGCAACUUACCUACAGGCAUAACGGAAGAAGAGUUUGUGGAUUUGAUGCAAAAGUGCGGGCUCGUAAUGCGAGAUGCCGCCAGCGGCAAGUUUAAAAUUAAAUUAUACAAAGAACCUGGAACAGAUUACCUCAAAGGAGACGCGCUUUGUACUUACAUCAAAGUAGAAUCAGUCGAACUAGCGUUAAGUUUAUUGGAUGGAUCAGAUUUUAAAGGGCACAAACUUAGAGUCGAGAGAGCCAAGUUCCAGAUGAAGGGAGCGUAUGACCCUAAACUAAAACCGAAAAUGAAAAAACGGAAAGAAAAAAUGAGAUUGAAGAAAAUUCAAGAGAAGUUAUUUGAUUGGCGGCCAGAGAAAUUCGUUGGGGAAAGAGCCAAACACGAGAAAGUCGUCAUAGUGAAGAACUUAUUUGAACCGUCGAUUUUCGACACAGACGUUGGCUUGAUUUUAGAAUUUCAGCAGGAUUUAAGGGAGGAAGUAUCGAAAAUCGGCGUAGUUCGAAAAGUUAUUAUUUAUGAUAGACACCCAGAAGGGGUUGCGCAGAUCAACAUGUCGUCGCCUGAGGAAGCCGAUGAAGUUCUGAAAAUGCUAAACGGGAGGUGGUUCAUGAAACGGCAACUUACAGCGGAAAUCUGGGAUGGGAAAACGAAAUUUAAAAUAGCCGAAACGGACGCUGAAAUUAACGAACGAAUGGAUAAAUGGGAUAAGUUUUUAGAAGACAAGGAAGAUAAGUCCAAGGAAGCGUCUGUAACAUAGACAAAUCGAAAAUACAUACAUAUUUAAAUGUUAUUUUUAUUUAUUUUAAGACAAUAAACUAGUUGCUAAAAUUGC